GCAUUUCACCUCAAAGCCAUAAGGCAUCACUUUUUUCCUUCUCCACCACCAUAUCCUCCUAUCUGUCUCUCAUAUACCCACGAGGCUGAGAGACUCAAAGCAAAGAAUCUUCUCUCCUCCUCUUUCAAUUUGGAUCAUUCUCCGCGAUUCUUCAGAAUUUAUCUUACUGUGCAUACCAGCCUCUUAGGGUUUAGAAACCAUCCACGCUCCGCAGCAACAACAGAUAUUUUCUUCUCCAUUUUUGUGAGCACAUCAAAUUAAGUAAUGGAAAUCAAACUAGAGCAAAAGGACGCGGCAGAUUGGUCCUACAGAGGUGAAGGUGCUGCUAAUAUAGUCCUCGCCUACACUGGAUCAUCGCCCUCUUUUAUUGGGAAAGUAAUGAGGAUAACAAAAAAAGCAAGGAACGAGUCGUCACCGAAGUGUGACUCUAACCAACCAGUAUUAACAGAGGAAGAGCGGUUGUUAUGGAGAGACGUGGAAGAGUUAGUUACCUCUCCUACGAAAGAAAUUGCAGAACAGAUUUAUACUCAGCUAGUUAUGAGUCCUUUGUUAGGUUCCAAACAUGUCGAUGCUGGGAUGCGCAUGCCAGUAACGAGGGAUUUUCUUGAAUGUGUUGAAAAGAAUGUAAUUAAACAACGUCCGGCUUGGCGAAUUGAUGUUUCAGUGGUUGAUUUGGAACGUGAUUUUGUGAUUAUCAUGUCUGAUCAUUCUCUAUUCCCUGGAGGUGUUCUUAAAGAUGAACCUUGCAUAUCAGUUGAGAUAAAGCCCAAAUGUGGAUUUAUCCCUUCAUCGGAAUUCAUAGCUGAAAGAAAUUCUGUUAAGAGGAGUGCUACUCGUUUUCAAAUGCACCAAGUCUUGAAGUUGCGUGAACAAGAGAUAUCAGAAUUAAGCGAGUAUGAUCCUCUGGAUCUGUUUUCUGGUUCCAAGGAAAGAAUACAUAAAGCCAUCAAGGAUCUGUACACCACUCCUCAGAACAAUUUCCGUGUAUUCUUGAAUGGUUCUCUUAUAUUUGGGGGCUUGGGCGGUGGCAUAAAGAGAACUAAUGCUUUGGCUGGAAAAGCUUUUGAAGAUGCACUCGAGGGCAUCAUCCUGGCUGAAAAUGGCUUGCGCACAACGAGUUUUAUACAGCUUGUUGCUGAGGCAGUUUACUGCUCUAGAGUAUUGGAUGGGCUUCUUGAAGUUCAAAGGCUUGAUAAUUUUGACAUUGAAGGAGCCAUUCAUGCAUAUUACAACAUUGUUGGUCAGCCUUGUGCGGUAUGCCAACAGUUGGAUGAAGCAAGACCACCACAUAGAUGUUCCUCCUUGCAUUCCAUUCAUAUGGAUGAUAGUUUGAAAAUUGCGAAGGAUUAUUUGACAGCUGCUACUGCAAAGGACUGUAGUUUGAUGAUUAGUUUUAGACCAAUGAAAGAUGGAGUGUUUGGAUCUCCUCAUGUAUACCUACAGUCAACCAACCAAAGUUUUAAUUACAAGGUGAAUUUCAUUGACUUGGAUUUAAAACCUUUAAAGAAGAUGGUAGACUACUAUGAAUUGGACAAGAAGAUAUUGAACUGCUUCACUCAGAUGUUGGAAAUGGAGCAUGAAGAUGGCAAUGCUAGGACCAUGGAUGCGAUUGAAACUAUAAAAACAGUCGUGUCAGUGGAACUGCUCUGUUCAAAAUGCAGGAAGAAGGUGAUGAAGUUAAUUGCAACAAUAGAGGGGAUAACUUCUAUUGUCCUCGACCCGUCAAAGAAUACAGUGACUGUAAUAGGUGAAGCUGAUCCAGUGAAGAUCAUUUGCAAGGUGAGAAAAUUUAGAAAAUCUGCAGCAAUUACGAGCAUAGGGCCUCCCAAGGAAGAGAAGAAAGAUGACCCAUAUAAGAAAGACGUGAUGAAAGACAUGAAGGGCAUGGUUAUUCCUUGUACUCCAAAGACAUGUCAGAGGUGCGAUGUUUGGUAUGUGGUUAAUGAUGAUUUUUACAGUUAUUGCACCAUUAUGUAAAUAAGAAAAAUAUUGUUGUAUGAAGCGUUUAGAGGGCUUAAUGUGUUUUAUUUCAUGUCAUAUGAACCAUUUAUUGCUGUUCAUCAACCUGAUACCGUGGCUGAACCACUGCUUUAUUUGUUCAACAAAAUCUAUGCAUGUGGUUCCCCGGAAACAUGACCGUUGCCAUGCUUUCACCAAUCUGCCAUGUAACUAAUUAUGACAGAACUAUCUGCUUAAAUUUUUAUGAAUGGAGGUUGUAUCCUUGUGUUCUCCCUG